UUCAAUGAAUGUUAUGCCAGUUGUAUGGGAGCGCGCGUUUCAAUCAUGCGUGUACGACGCGAAUCACGUGAAUGAAACCAUCAUAUUGUGCAAUAUUAGUGUCACUGUGGAUUUUUAAACGAAUAAGGGUAUUUUAGGGACUAAUUGUUAUCUUUUUAGUUAAAAAAGGCAGUAACAUGGUCCACGGAACGAUUCAAAUCGGGUUGGAGAAUAUUGUACGAGAUACAAAUACAGAUGAAAGUGCACGAAAGGAGAAUGGCACAGCUCAGAGAACGGGAAUUGUAUCGUAUGGCAUUGACGACGUACCGCCGUGGUACCUUUGUAUCUUCAUGGCUUUGCAGCACUACUUGACUAUGAUCGGCGCUAUAGUGGCGAUCCCCUUCAUCCUGUGUCCAGCGCUGUGCAUGCAGGAGACGGAUCCAGAUAGAUCUAAUAUUAUAUCCACAAUGAUAUUUGUUACAGGCCUCAUAACAUGGUUGCAAGCGACCUUCGGCUGCCGACUGCCCAUCGUCCAGGGCGGGACCAUUUCUUUCCUAGUGCCAACCUUGGCCAUCCUUGGACUGCCAGUGUGGCAGUGCCCUACCCCUGAAGCCUUGUCUGCUAUGACGGAUGCUGAGCGUCGAGCUGUAUGGACCAGCAGGAUGUGUGAGCUAUCUGGAGCAAUAGCUGUGUCGGCGUUAUUCCAGCUAUUUCUUGGUUACCUGGGCGUGAUCGGCUCCGUGCUUCGGUUUGUUACUCCCCUCACCAUCGCGCCCACGGUCGCCCUGGUCGGGCUGACGCUGUUCGACCACGCCGCCGAGGCUGCGUCCCAGCAGUGGGGCAUCGCUGCUGGGACAUUCACCCUGCUGACUAUAUUUUCGCAAUGUAUGGGUGAAAUUAAAGUGCCGACUCUAGCAUGGAAGAAGCAAAGAGGAUUGACUAUUAUAUGGUUUCCUCUAUUCAAGUUAUUUCCUGUUCUACUAACCAUUGUGAUAAUGUGGAUAAUAUGCGGCGUGCUGACUGCGACCGAUGUGUUUCCUCACGGCCACCCGGCCAGGACCGAUCUAAAAGUGAACAUCAUCGAGGACGCACCAUGGUUCCGGGUGCCAUAUCCAGGACAAUGGGGAAUGCCGACUGUAAGCGUGGCCGGCGUCCUGGGCAUGUUGGCCGGAGUCCUGGCUUGCACGGUGGAGUCUAUCAGCUACUACCCUACAACAGCUAGAAUGUGUGCUGCACCUCCUCCGCCUCUCCACGCCAUCAAUCGAGGUCUUGGCACCGAAGGUCUGGGCACAGUAUUGGCAGGACUCUGGGGUUCUGGUAACGGAACGAACACAUUUGGCGAGAAUGUUGGAGCGAUUGGUGUCACCAAGGUGGGAUCGAGACGCGUGGUGCAAUGGGCAGCCGGUCUGAUGGUGCUGCAGGGAGUGGUCGGUAAACUGGGCGCCGUGUUCAUCAUCAUACCUCAGCCCAUAGUCGGUGGACUGUUCUGCGUUAUGUUCGGCAUGAUUUCCGCUUUUGGCCUAUCAGCCCUGCAGUACGUGAACCUGAACAGCUCCAGGAACCUAUACAUCAUUGGGUUCAGCCUGUUCUUCCCGCUGGUGCUCACUCGGUGGAUGUCAGCGCACAGCGGGGUCAUUAACACGGGCGUUGAGGCCCUGGAUGCUGUGCUUCAAGUGUUGCUGUCAACUUCUAUACUGGUUGGAGGAGUGGUUGGGUGUCUGCUCGAUAACUUAAUACCUGGUACGGACGAGGAGCGCGGGCUGGCCGCAUGGGCGCAGCAGAUGGCUCUAGAGGCGGGCGGCGCCUCCGAGCACGGGGAUACCUACGACUUCCCUGUUGGCAUGAGUCUCAUACGCAGAUGGAAGUGGACAAGUUAUCUACCAUUCAUGCCAACAUACGAAACUGGCAAGUUUACUGCGCUAUUCCAAGGCAAGAAAGAGAGCUGAUGGCACCAGCUUGACAAACAGCGCUGGACUUUACCAGGGACAUACAGAAUUACAGUUUAGCCGAUUGAGUUAGAUAAUUGCAUUAAGUUAUAGAUAAAUCUAAAUUAAUAUUGUUACAAUAAAAACUAAAUACAAAAAUAAAAAUAAGUCGAUCGAAGUAAAAGUAUUUCAAAAAAUACAUGAGAGGUAUUGAUGAAAAAAUUUCUGUAUAUUUGUUCGCGCAAAACUAUUGGGUGCGCUUUCCACAGUUAUUUUCCUGAGUCAUGCACAUAACAGAGUGUACUAUUUCGCCCAUGAUACCCCCCAUGCGUUGCCAUUCCUGAGGACUCAGGUGUUAUUCCUGUGUACCCAGUAAAAUACUAAUCGUAAUUACGUCAUAUCCUACCCUUCAAACCGAAACACAGCCAUGCAAACACAACUGCUUCACGGUAGAAACACGAAUGGGACAGAGGUACCCAAGUAAUUGACUUAUGUACAAAAUCUCCCUCUGAUAAAUUUAGUAAAACACACAAAAAACAAGCUUAAUUGCAUGAUAUUGCAAAACCUAAUGUUUCGCAUCGAGCCUCGCGUGUAACUUCCGACAAUAGUGCUUUCGACGGCAACGUCGCAACCAAAACAAACGUUUUAUUGCAUUCCGGGAGGAGCGGAAAAGAAAGAAAGAAAGAAAAAGAAUAUAUUUCGUGACAUACAUAUAAACAUUACAACAGCUAACAAUAAAAGUAAUUUCUAGCAAAAAAAGCAGUAAAGAAAGGGAGGUAAAUAGUUUUAUUUGUAUACACAGAGAAAUAAUAAGAGCCUACUAGGAAUUAGAAAUGCAUACGGCAAGAAAAUAAACGAAAAUGCAUCGAAUAAAGUCGUAUCGACACCAUGUGACCGCUUGAUAAUUAAAAUAUGAUGUGUGGAAAUAUCAUAAAUACACACUGUUGUACACACAAACGACUACAUAAUAUUAAAGUAGAUAUAGUAGAUAGAUAGAUAGAUAGAUAAUUUAUUUACAUUACUUACAGCACACAAAUUACAAUAAAAAAAAACAUACACAUAAUAAAAGAGAUAAAAGAAUGAAAAUAAAAAAGCACAAUAAAAAAAAAAUAUAUAUAUAAAUUAACAAUCUCCUUUCUUUCCCUUCCUUCAUGCGUGUGCCAUAAUAACACAAAAUGGUCACAUCUCAGUUUAUUGCUUUGCCCUUAAAAGAGCAAAACACUGAUAUUCUGAUAUUUUGCUAUGGCCAAGAUAAGUAAGUACUUAAUAAUAAAUAACUACCGGUUUAACUUAUGUGUAAUUUGGUCGAAAAACUUCGACUAGUUUCGGGACCAUUAAGGAGUCUUAAUCUUGAGCGGCUGUGAUACGAGUGUGAGUUUAAAAAUAAAAUAUAAGGCAAAUAUUAGUCAGAAUUCAUGAUAAAUGUAAUUAAAUUGUCAUAAUACAAAAAGUGGAUUAAAUCUGUUUUGUUACUAAUAAUAAAUGUGUAGUUUAAUUAAUAAACGAAUAAAAAAAGCAGGAGAUUUUUAAUUUAACACUAUUUUUUGUAUGCUUGUUACCCAAUAUCUUCUAUAAUUCUGCGGCUUGGAUGGUUCUCCUUGCAAGCAAUAUUAUAAGUUAUCAAAUUUUACCAGAGAAAGACAUUGUAUUGUACGUGUGUCCCAUCUGUGUUUCAGUUGUGGAGUAGCUUGGCAUGGCACCGAAUGAGGCACUGAAUGAAUGGCAAUGAAAUUACAGGGUACAGAGGAAUAACACCAGAACUUAGGAAUGGGGGGGGGGGGAAGAGAUUAUUAGUAAUGACUUACUUUCAUCCUCACCUAUCAUCCUUCACUGGUAUCUCGCCAGUGUUUACCGUUAGCGUAGGUGGGGUUACUAUUCUAUUAUCAUCCAUUAAAAAAAAAAUCAUUAGGAACGGCAAAGCGUGAAGGUGAUACCCAUGGAAUUGCUCAUGUCUAUAGGCGACAGUUACCGCUUUCCAUAAGGUGGGCCGUCAGCUUGUUUGCCAUUCUAAAUAAUAUAAAAAAAGCUUUCUCUAUAAAAAUAAUUGUAAACUUUUGCUCCAGUCUUUAAUAUAUUAUUUUAUCGACUUCAAAUAAAUGUGUUCCACAAUAAA